AUGCCUGAUGAAUUAACCCCAAAACGACAGCGUGUUUCAAAAGCUUGCGACACUUGUCGGCGCAAGAAAGUUAGGUGCGACGGUGUUCAACCUCCUUGCGGGAAUUGUGCUACUUUUGGGUUCGAGUGUACUUAUAACGAUGCAACAAAGAAGAGAGGUCCACCAAAAGGCUAUAUUGAAGCCAUAGAAACGCGAUUGCAUAGAAUGGAGUCUUUGCUUGGUGGAUUAGUGCACAGUAACGAUCCUCGAGCUGAAGCUGUGUUGAGUGAACUGAUGCAAGACGACUUACGACCGUUACGACAUCCAGGAUCAACUGACACUUCAUUGUGGCGAAAUCUUCAAUCGUCCGGUUCGACUGAUAAUUUUUCGAGCGUGGACGAUUCGUACAGAUCAGGGGAGAGUCCAUUGAUGGAUGAUUUGAACGACAUUAUGGGUAUAUUGAGCAUCGAUGAGAAUAAUCAAGUGCGCUAUCACGGUAGAAGUAGUGGUUUCUAUCUAUUAAAAAAGAGCAAAUGUUACAAAGACGGUGUACUCCAAUAUCGGGCCAAGGGCGAACUAGUGGCAUCAACAGUUGAAUUCGAAUUAGUAAAACGUCCAGAGCUGAUAGAAUUACCAUCUGAAGAACUGUCAAAUCAUCUUUUGGAAUGCUAUUUCACUCAAAUGCAUCCGUAUCUUCCGUUAAUUUAUAAACCGGCAUUCUUCAAACAACUGAAAGAGAAAAAGUACUUGCCCUUGCUGUUGCUAAAUGCAAUUUACUCGUUUGCCGCUAAAUUCUCACCAAAAUUGGAAGUAAGAAAAGAUCCCUCAAAACCAGAGACUGCCGGUGACGUGUUCUUUGAACGAGCAAAAACCUUGCUCGAUAGCGAUUAUGGUGUCUCCAAAGUUACUACCGUACAAGCCUUGUUGAUAAUGUCUAUACGUGAGUUCGGUUGUGGGAAAACGUCACGUGGGUGGCUUUAUUCAGGAAUGGCAAUACGGAUGGCCCAAGAUUUAGGAAUACAUCGCAACAACGAGAGAUGGCAUCCUCUCAAUCUGAGCCAUGAAGAACGAGAGUCACAAAGACGAACAUUUUGGACAUGUUUUGUUCUAGACAGACUUGCGAGUGCUUACUUGGGUCGUCCUAUGGGCAUUGAUGAGAAAGAUGUCGACGCUGCGCACCCAAGUGAAGCUGAAUAUGAUGAGACUGAAAUGUUACCGUUCAAAAUGGACGGGCUGUACUCUUCUACAUCAUCUCCCCUCUCAUCUCAAAACAGCGUACAAGGAUCACCGGAAACAUCUUCAAAGUCAGCAUCAUCCGUUGGAUCCCAAUCGAACGAGGUAACACACAGGUCGCACGCAAUAUCUCGUUUUAUUCAUUUCAUCAAACUGUGCGAGAUAAUCGGUCGAAUAGUGCAUAAUAUACAUGCAAUAAGGUGCAAACCAAUCUCCAAGAUGGAUGACACUGUAAGAUCUAUUCUGGAUUCUUCACUUACUUCAUGGUUUGUCAGUCUACCUCCUCAUCUGCAAUAUGAUCCCAAUAGCAAUGAUUGUACAUCACCAGCAACGUUAGCACUCCAUAUGAAUUAUUAUACAGUAUUGAAUUUAUUACAUCGACCAUAUGCACCUACUUACGCACAUUCUCAUAAUGUCUGUACAACUGCAGCAGAGGAGGUUGCUAAAAUUGCAGAGACACUAAUGAAAAAGGCUCCAGAAUCAUAUAGUUUAGCAAUGUCUAUAUAUAGUAUAUUUACAGGAGGGGUUACUCAUACUUAUAAUGCUUGUCAAGACAAUCAAUCCUUGGCUUUAUCAGCGAAAGUGAAUCUGCUCAAGUGUCUAAGAGCAUUAGAUUCAGCAAAAGAUGUAUGGCAACCAGCAUCAAGAUACUAUAAUUUACUGGUGGAUCUUGUAGAUUUGACAGACGCCAAAUUCAGUAAUGACAAUGUUCGUAGCUCUCUUGAGGACAGCGAGGAGGAUCAUGCUCCACAAUCACGUAAGAGGGUUAAUGCAUCCACUUACCAAAACCAGGCUGGGAAUUCCCAAUUGGCAUUGGAAGAUUACAAUUUAGUCUAUCCACCUUAUUUGACAACUACUGAUAGUAGUAGUAAUAACAGUAUUCAAGUAAAGAGUGAAAGACACCAGAUGGCCCAUAAUUCAAUACGGCCACAGUCAACGCCGGAAUUUACAAUGACAUCAGAAAUUACGUCCACGCUCGAAGAAUCUCCUCAAAUGUAUAGUUCCCUUCCCAUUCGACAUCCUCGAUCCGUUGUCCCUAGCCAGCAAUUAUCUUCUUUAUCGAUCAACGAUCCGUUCGCAACGCCGGGGGCAGCUACAGCUGGCGCAAAUAAUAACGGAAAUGGAGUAUUUAAUGCUUCAAUCGCAUCCGGGUACUGGGAGAUACCACCAUCGGCGGACCUGGAAGAAUGGACGGCGUAUGUGAAUAACCAACAUUUACGACAAAGUGGUGGAAUUACGUAUGCGUCGCAGGGAUUGCAGUCGACGCGUAUGCAAACAAGUAAUACUAAUGGAAUAUUUGCCUCGCAACAACGACUUAUGUCUAACGAUGGUAAUAAUAUUAACAUGUAUGGUAACGGUAAUCAACUAAUGCCGAAUAUAUUGACACUACAGAAUGGAGAGGGGCGAAGCGCUGGUGGAUAUAGUGGAAACGGUGGUAAUGGGGCAAAUGAUUCAACUGUGCCACUGAUAUAUUAUUAG